AUGGCGCCAGGCCGCUGCUCCAACCGCUCUUCCUGCGAACAAGGCGACUCGUCCACUGAGCCUUACAUUGUCUCUCACCACAUCAUGCUCGCCCAUGCUGCUGCUGUGGCCGUCUAUCGGAGGAGAUACAGCAGCCAAUUGGGAGGAGGGGGGCGCAUAGGCAUGACGAUGGACUGUGUUUUUCUGUACCCGGCUGAUGGGAGUCAAGAGAGUGUGGACGCGGCGCAACAAGGGAUGGAGUUCGCCUUCGCCUGGUGGGUGGGUGGGUGGGUGGGAGGUGGGUGGGUGAGUGAAAGAAGUAGGGGGCCGCAUGGGCAGGGGGGCGCAUGGGCAGGGGGGCGCAUGGGCAUGACGAUGGAUUGUGUUCUUUUGUUCCCGGCCGAUGGCACCCGGGGGAGUGUGGGCGCGGCACAACGAGGCAUGGAGUUCGCCUUUACAUGGUUCGCAGAUCCUCUUUUCAGGGGCGACUACCCGCCCUCCAUGCGCCAGGCUGUCGGCUCGCGUCUGCCUUCCUUUUCUGCCGCGGAAUCCUCGCUGCUGAUUGGCUCCUCAGAUUUCAUCGGCCUCAACUUCUACACAGCACAGUACGCCGCCCAGAAAACGGUUCGGGCUGGUGGGGAGGUAGCUGACGUGGCAGAUGGGGUGGCACCAUGGAUGGACUGCCACGUGGACAUGACAGGAAUGAGUGAGUCCAACCUCCCGUCGCGCUCACUGGCUCGCACCCUCUGUGACGACCAGCGUGUUCGUUUCUACCGCUCCUACCUCUCCAGCGUGCUUCAAGCCAAGUGGUACGAUCCCCUCACCCUCCUUCCCUGGCCCCUCCUCUCACUCUACCGCUCCUACCUCUCCAGCGUGCUUCAAGCCAGACGGUAUGAUGACUAG